CGAAUGACACGUGUCACACGCACGAUUACAUGUAAGAAACCACCUGCAAACGCACAAAAUCGGUUAUGGCGUUUCAAAAGCCAAAAAACCGUCAUCUUCUUCACGCAUAAAACAACAGAUCUGUUUACCGAAACGAUGGAUGAAAAGCUGUUGAAGAGGCUGGAGGUCGCCGUAGUGCGGCUAGAAUCUCUCUCCGGCGGUUCUCAGCCGCAAACCGUCGCAUCAGCCUCAUCGGAACCUUCAAUUGUCGCGUUUGAUGAUCUGAUUGCGGAAUGCGUCGGUAAGGUUUCCGCUGCUGCGGAGAAGAUCGGCGGACACGUUAAGGAUAUUACGAAUGUUGUUAGUGACGCUUUUCGUGUUCAGAAGGAGCUUCUCGUUGAAAUAAAACGAACUCAGAAACCUGAUGCGGGAGGAAUGGCGGAAUUUCUCAAACCAUUGAAUGAAAAAUUAACUGAAGCACACAUGAAAGCCGGAUCGCACUCUGGUUUCUCCAACCACUUGAAAUCGACCGCUGAGAGUCUAACCGCUUUAGCAUGGAUUGCAUACACAGGAAAAGAUUGCGGAAUGAGCAUGCCUAUUGGACAUGUGGAAGAAUGUUGGCAGUCAGCUGAGUUUUACAGCAACAAGGUUCUUGUAGAAUACAAAAACAAAGACUCGAAUCACGUGGAAUGGGCAAAAGCUUUGAAGGAACUUUAUGUACCUGGGUUAAGGGAUUAUGUUAAGAGUCACUAUCCUUUAGGACCCGUAUGGAGUGCGACAGGCGUAACCGUAACGGCACCAUCUAAAUCUUCAAAACCAGGUGCUCCUGCUGCUCCUAAUCCCCCACCGUCUUCACUUGCCAGCUCAUCAUCUUCUUCAUCAUCUUCAUCGUCAAAACAAGGAAUGGCUGCUGUUUUUCAAGAAAUCAGUUCAAAACCCGUUACCGCUGGAUUAAAAAAAGUUACAAAUGAUAUGAAGACCAAAAACCGAACAGAUAGAGCAGGCUUUGUAAGUUCCGGUGUGAAAGAAGUCAACAAGAGUGUGCCAUCUGGCGCUAAAGGCGGACCUCCAAAGCUUGAACUUGUAAUGGGUCGCAAAUGGGUUGUUGAGUAUCAAAUUGGUGUGAAGGAUUUGUGUAUUGAUGAGUGUGAUCCAAAGCAGACGGUUUAUAUUUUUGGAUGCAAAGAUUCCGUUCUACAAAUCAAAGGGAAAGUUAACAACAUAACCGUUGACAAAUGCACAAAAAUGGGCGUUGUAUUUACGGAUGUUGUUGCUGCUUUCGAAAUUGUUAAUUGCAGCAGUAUAGAGGUGCAAUGUCAGGGUGCAGCUCCUACCAUAUCAAUAGACAACACGGCAGGUUGCCAGCUGUACUUGAGCAAAGAUUCUCUAGGAUCUUCUAUCACAACUUCAAAGGCUAGUGAAGUUAAUGUGAUGGUACCCUCGGAAGAUCCUAAUGCUGAUCUGGUGGAACAUGCUUUGCCACAUCAGUACAUUCACACUCACCAGGAUGGCCAGUUCGUUACAACCCCCGUCUCGCACUCUGGAGGGGUUUCUGAAUGCAGGGAUUAUGUACCGAAAACCAAUUCGUAUACGGAGAGUAAACCCGGAUGUUUGACAAGUAAUAAUGCACAGAAAACCGAUUCGGAUUUGGGGAAUAAAGCCAAGUGUUUGACAGUUAACAAUGCACCAAAAAUUGAUGCAAAUAUGGAGAUUAAAACCAGGUGUUUGACGGUAAAUAAUGCGCAGAAAACCAAUUCGGAUAGUGGGAAUAAGAAUAAAACGGACUGUUUGACAGUUAACGAGGCACAGAAAACCGAUACGGGUAUGGGGAGUAAAACCAACUGUGUGACAACUGAUAUGAGUUUAUACUACAUGGCUGCAUUAUUAUGCAUUAUUUUUGCUAUGGUAGUUGCCUUUAUGCUAUCAUCUUGAGUGGGUUUGGGUUCUAAUAAGUGAUGAAUGAGGUUGGAAAUUAUUUAAGUAUUUGUGAUAUGUUUCAAAAAUGGAAAAUAAAUGACAACCAUUUGUAUACAUUGAGUUUGACUGAAUUUCUAUAUUUAUAUUGA